CACAUGGAGCGCUCGGGGCGGCCGCCGCUGAUGUUGCUCGGUCUGCUACUCCAAAUCUGUUCCGCUGUUACCACUGAUCGCAUCAACUCCGACCGGUACGCGGUCUACUGGAACAGCUCCAACCCUAGGUUUUUUCAGGGUGAUUACACAGUGGAGGUGGCAAUCAAUGACUACCUGGAUAUCUACUGUCCUCACUACGAGGCGGCGGAGUCAGCCGUGCACAUGGAGCAUUAUGUGUUGUACAUGGUGAACUAUGACGGAUACAUGUCCUGCGACCACCACAGAAAAGGUUUUAAACGCUGGGAAUGUAACAGACCACAGAGCCCCAAUGGGCCACUCAAGUUCUCUGAGAAGUUUCAGCUCUUUACACCCUUUAGCCUGGGCUUCGAGUUCAGGCCAGGACAUGAGUACUACUAUAUCUCAUCACCGCAUCCAAACUUGGGUAGGAAGCCUUGUCUGAAGCUAAAAAUCUACGUCAAGCCAACAAAUGAUUCAGUGUACGACUCUGCGGAGCCCUUCCUGACUGAUGAUACCACCGGUGGCUGCAGCCUUGCUUUGCCGUCUGCCAUGUUGCUCAUCCUCCUUCUCAUACUCCUCAUCUCCUACUCAUAGCAGCUCUCUGAGUCAGACCAAGCACCGCCCCACCACCACUACCACUCUGAAGAAAACUUGAUGAAGGAAACUAAUGUAGCUUCCUCUUACUGAACUUUGGCCUUUACCUCAAUAAUACUCAAAGGCUCCAACAAUCAGAGGAGGCAAGAACAGUGGUGGGGGGAGCUUGAGGCUGCAUAUCAACUCUGUGUGGAAUUUCUGGGAUCAUCCCUGCUCUUCUUUUGUUUCUGUCAAGCUGUCAUAUAAAAUUGUGUUACAGAUCCUCAAGUCAAGACUUUAAAGGAUCUCGUGUUAACA